AACUCCUCAAAUAUCCAGGCACCCUUGGAACAAGGAAUGGACAACUCGAAAUCCAUGGGAGAAAUCCCCAGGACCACGAGUGGGCUGGCAGAGCCAGCAGUGAGAGCUGGGAUGAGUUCAGUUUGUCCCCGUUUUCCUCUGCCCUGAAAAACAUGUGAAAGGACACCACAUUUUUGUGGUCAGAGCUUUGGAACCGACUCCUCCCCCACCCCGCUUUGGAUGUGUCAGUGGAAAAUAUUUUUUUUGGAGGUGAAAUCGGCCUCCUGCGUGCUGGUUGCCUUGGAGGCUCUGAUAAAUGCCCAGCUGAACUUCCAGCAAACAUGAAGCUGAUUUUGAUCUUCAGCGCCCUCAUCGGGGCUUCCCUGUGCCUGGAAACCUUCGUUGGGCACCAGGUUCUCCGAAUCAAGACCAAAAAUGAGGAAGAGGUCAAGCAGCUGCAGCUUUUGGAAUCGCUGGAACACCUGGAGCUGGAUUUCUGGAUCAACCCCUCUGCCACUGCUGUGCCUGUGGAUGUGAGAAUUCCUGCUGUCAGUGUCCAGUCAGUCAAAGCCUUCCUGGAAUCCCAGGGGAUUGAGUAUUCCAUCCUGAUUGAAGACCUGCAGGAUGUUCUGGAUAAAGAAAAGCAAGAUAUGGCCGAGAGUGCCCAAAGGCAGCGCAGCGGCAGCUUUGACUUUGGUGCUUACCACACUUUGGAUGAUAUUAAUAGCGAACUGGACCAUCUUGUGUCUGAGUACAGCUUUGUGGAAAAGAUCCAGAUUGGGGAAUCCUAUGAAAAGCGGCCUCUGUACGUCCUCAAGUUCAGCACCGGAGGCUCCAACCGCCCGGCCAUCUGGCUCGACGCCGGCAUCCAUUCCCGCGAGUGGGUCACCCAGGCCAGCGCCCUGUGGAUCGCCAACAAGAUUGCCUCUGACUAUGGAACAGAUGCUUCCAUCACCUCCCUGCUGGACAAGAUGGAUCUUUUCCUGCUGCCAGUCGCCAACCCCGAUGGAUUUGUGUACACUCACACCUUGAAUCGCAUGUGGAGGAAGACCCGCUCCAAGAUUCCUGGCAGCAUCUGCGUCGGAGUUGAUCCAAACAGGAACUGGGAUGCAGGUUUUGGAGGUCCUGGAGCCAGUAACAACCCCUGCUCUGAAUCCUAUCACGGGCCCAGCGCCAACUCUGAGGUGGAAGUUAAAUCUGUUGUCGACUUCAUCAAGAAUCAUGGCAACUUCAAGGCCUUCCUGACCCUCCACAGUUAUUCCCAGCUCCUGAUGUAUCCCUAUGGAUACAAAUGCACCAGGCCAGACGAUUAUGCCGAGCUGGAAUCUCUGGGAAGAGCUGCUGCCAAUUCCAUCCGGUCCCUCUAUGGCACCACCUUUCAAGUGGGCACCAUUUGCAGUACCAUUUACCAAGCCAGUGGAGGCAGCAUUGACUGGAGCUACGACAAUGGGAUCAAAUAUUCCUUUGCCUUCGAGCUGAGGGACACAGGGCGCUACGGCUUCCUGCUGCCUGCCAACCAGAUCAUCCCAGCUGCCAAGGAGACCUGGCUGGGCCUGAAGAGAAUCAUGGAGCACGUGCAGGCCAAGUCCUCCUGAGGGCUGGGCUGGGAGCCAGCUCUCUGCAGCUGUACAAGGUCAUAAAUCCUCGGUGUGCUGUGACGGUUGGAAUGAUAAAAAUGGUGGAAUAAACCCCCGGUGCAGUCCCCCCA